GAACAACAUCACAGCAGCCUCGUGCAAUAAUUGUUUAUGCAUGAGUCAGUCAAGGGUUUCUGCCUGUUCGGGGAGCCAAUGUAACAGCCAUUAUAGAAUCUGAAGGUGGGCAUCAGGUAAUUUUGGAACUCUGAGACAAUGGUGCAGGUACUGAUACUAUCAAAAAUGAUGGCAUCUACUCAAGAUAUUUUACAGAAUACCAUGAAAAUGGUAGAUACAGCUUAUAAGUAUGUGUGCCGAGCAAGAAAAAACACAGCGAGGAUAAGUUUAAGACAACAGAACCAAGCUCUGUAUAUACCAGGCUACACAGAAAAUGGUCAAAUCAUACUGAACCCACCCAGACCUGAAGUCAAAGAGGACACAGCAGAAGCUGAAGUAGAAGACUUCAGCAGACAAACCUCUGGAGAGUCAUUUACUAUAUCAGGAGUUCCUCCUGCUGAUAAUCACACUCAGGUGUUCCCACCCAGUAAAAUUAUAGACCUCGAGGCUAACCUGGAAGAAGAUCAUAUUCAACUCUCAUGGACUGCCCCUGGCAAUGUCCUUGAUAAAAGAAGGAAGUUUGAUAUUACAUUUUAA